AUGAAGUUCAGUAUACUCUCAUUGAUAUCGCUGCUCUUUUUACAGGCGACUUCCCUUUAUGCAAAGUCCACAUCAACUUCAUUCAUCUCAAUCACAUCAAAAGAUGACAUUGAUAAUAUCGAUAAUAAAUUAUCCACAUCAGAUGAAUUAAUCGAUAACGCUUCUAUAGAUAGCCCAAUAAUUGUGUUCCAAUUCGAUCGCUAUAGACUAUUAGAAAAGUUGGUAGACUACAAUAACAAUGGGAAAUAUACACCUUCAAGUCUUUAUCUGAACAAGUUUUUCUCAUCGAGAAUCACAACUGUGGUUCCUGAAGACCUGGAUCUAGUCAGCUUAUCAGAAGAUAGAACGGAAAAAAUUUACCAGUUUCAUGAAAUUCCAAAUGACAUUUCAAGAACUUUAUAUGAAACGCUUGGUAAGAAGAAAUCUACUCCAUUCAGGAUCAUCUGGUUUGAGUUCACUUCCAAGGACAUUGACAUAAAUGAACUGGAUGCUUUUUUGGAAAAUGUUACUCUAUUAUUAGAAGAAUAUCUAGAAGACGAGCAUCUUGACAUUAUAUUGAACACCAGAGAUAAAAUGACUACAUUGGAACAAUUCGAUGAAUCUAUAGAAGAAUCCAAGUCAAUCACGGCUAGUACAACUGCAUCAAAACAAAAAGCAUCCAGUAAACCAACCAAGGGCACUUCCAAGGGUAAAGAUGACGAUAUUCUAAGCGAAAUCUGGACCGAGGGGCUAUUGAUGUGUUUAUUAGUAUCCGCCAUGUUACUCUGGAUAUUAAUAAUGUUGAUCUCAUGGAUAAUGAAUAUAAGUAUCAGUUAUGGGGCAUUAGAGAAGUCAACUAAUCCAUUAAAGAAAAACCAAUAG